AUGCGCUACAUCAUCAUUUCCGUUUGGCAAGGCAGGCAGGCUGCUGAUUCACAUACAGAAGUAAAACAACGUCCUGCAUUUAUGAAAUAUAAACAUGUCAAUGUGAUAAACUGUGGAAACCCAGCAACAUAAUUUUCUUGUUACAAUGGUCCCCACAGACUUUAAAGCCCUGAUCCAGAGGUUUUAUCAGCUUCAGGCUGAGCGGGUAGAGACGUAUCAGCUCUUUGAAGAAGGACAUGAGGCCUACUUGAGGACAGGGCCCCAUUAUGACUUCGAUCACUACAGGCAGCUGGUCCAUGAGAUAACACAGGCCUUCUGCGGCAUCUCCAAGGAAGUGCUGGAGAUCAAGGAAAAGCUGCACCAUGAGUUUGACAGGCCAGCCCUUUCUGAGCACAUUGAAAAGUUGCAGAGCAAAGAGAAGCAGAAACUUGAACUGACAGCCAAGCUGCAGCUGGCCAGGCAGCGGGCCCAGGAUCACCCGGAGGACGAAGACUGUCAAGAACAGAUUCAGGAGAUCAAGCACGAGAUCAUCAAGAACAAAGAGGCUCUGAGUGAGAUCAUGCAGGACUUUAAGUAUGACUCUGAGGAGUGUGAUUGACAGGCGGCUCCCAGGAGGCCUGCAGCCGCCCUCUCACAUCACCAGACGGCCGAGCUGACAGAUUGGCUCUGCUGCAACUUCCAUCUUGGACUCCUCGGCUACACUUAUCGAUCCCCCUCUGGCUCCACCCCGCUCGCUGCUGCAGUCUUACUCCACCCAGGGGACCUUUCACAUUCUGGCUCUGUGUUUCUAUCUGUCAUGGGUUUGUGUUAAUGCAUGCCUCAGCAAAAAAAGAAAGAAAGAAAUUGAUGAAAUGUGUACAUACUCUAAAAGGUUAAAUAAUUCCUGGAGGCUUAUCCUGCUAUCUUUGUUUACUUGAUGAAUUGUAUUUUAAAGAAAUAUAUAAAAAGACACUUUCCAAGACAA